GCUGGGCGCGGCCGUGGGCCUCGGUGGUGAAGGCGGUCUAUUUCUGGGGGCUUAGGGCCAGCGGCGGGAGACUCAUCUUAAAGGGGCCGUGACCCCGGGCCGCUGUCGGGCGGAGGGAAGGCGGCCAGAGGUGGGGGCUGCAGAGAGCUUCCAGGAACUGCGCUAUGGGAUAGAGGAAUGAGGUUCAGAGAGGGUCAGGAUGUGCCCGCGGCCACACAGCACGUCCUCAGCCGGUUGCUCGUCCGUGGGCUCUGUCCACUCCCACCAUGGCCUUCUGGACGCAGCUAAUGCUGCUGCUUUGGAAGAAUUUCCUGUAUCGCAGGAGACAGCCGGUCCAGCUCUUGGUGGAGCUGCUGUGGCCUCUCUUUCUCUUCUUCAUCCUGGUGGCUGUCCGCCACUCCCACCCCCCUCUUGAGCACCAUGAAUGCCACUUCCCCAACAAGCCGCUGCCCUCGGCUGGCACCGUCCCGUGGCUCCAGGGUCUCAUCUGCAACGUGAACAACACCUGCUUCCCACAGCCCACGCCCGCGGAGCAGCCCGGCGUGCUCAGCAACUUCAAGGACUCCCUGGUCUCCCGGCUCCUGGUAGAUGCCCGCACUGUCCUGGGGGGCCCUAAUGCCCACAGAACGCUGGCCAGCCUGGGAAAGCUGGUGCCAAUGCUGAGAGCCGCAGGCGGAGCAGCCCGGCCUCAGCCGAGUGACCGACUGCAGGACCUACUACCCCUGACCACUGAGCUACUGGGGACGCUGCUUGGAGAGGGAUCCCUGGGCUCUGUGCUGGACCAAGCCCAGGAGCCCGUGAGCAGCUUUGUGGACGCAGCAAUGGACCUGGCCCAGGAGCUCCUGGCGCUGCCCAGCCUGGUGGAGCUGCGGGCGCUGCUGCGGAGACCCCAAGGAGCAGGUGGACCCCUGGAGGCUGUAUCAGAGGCCCUCUGCAGUGCCCGGGGGCCUAGCAUCCCAGGGGGGCCCUCCCUCAACUGGUACGAGGUCAGCCACCUGAAGGAGUUGGUGGGGCGGGAGCCAGCAGCUGCCCUACACGAUGACGGCCUGAGCCCUGCCUGUGCUGAGCUCAUGGGGUCCCUGGAAGCCCACCCGCUGUCCCGCCUGCUCUGGAGGCGUCUGAAGCCGCUGGUCCUGGGGAAACUGCUGUUUACACCCAACACCAACUUCACCAGGCAGCUCAUGGCCCAGGUGAACCGGACCUUCCAGGAGCUGGCUGUGUUGAAGGACAUCCAGGAGGUGUGGGGUGCGCUGGGACCCCAGCUGUUCAACUUCCUCAAUGACAGUCGGAACACUGCGAUGCUGCAGAGGCUCCUGCAAGCUCAGGACAGAGGAAGGAGGCUGCCGGGAUCCCGAGGCCAGGCCCAGACCAAGGCCCUCCUCGCCUUUCUGGGUCCCCGUGGGGACGGCUACAGCUGGCAGGAGGCCCAUGCUGACGUGGACCACCUGGUGGGCAUGCUGGGCCGUGUGAUGGAGUGUGUGACCCUGGACAAGCUGGAGGCGGCUCCCUCAGAAGCCGCCCUGGUGGCACGGGCGCUGGAGCUGCUGGCAGAGCGCCGCUUCUGGGCCGGCAUCGUCUUCCUGGGGCCGGAGGAACCUGUGGACCGCGCACAGCUCGCAGGCCCCGGCCACGUGCGCGUCAAGAUCCGCAUGGACAUCGAUGCCGUCACGAGAACCAAUAAGAUCAGGGACAGGUUCUGGGACCCCGGCCCGGCCGCUGACCCCCUGACCGACCUGCGCUAUGUGUGGGGAGGCUUCGUGUACCUGCAGGACCUGCUGGAGCGCGCGGCUGUGCGCAUGCUCAGCGGCACCGAGCCCCGGGCCCGCCUCUACCUGCAGCAGAUGCCCUACCCCUGCCACGUGGAUGAUGCGUUCCUGCGCGUCCUGAGCCGGUCGCUGCCGCUUUUCCUGACGCUCGCCUGGAUCUACUCGGUGGCGCGGACGGUAAAGGCGGUGGUGCGCGAGAAGGAAACGAGGCUGCGGGGCACGAUGCAGGCCAUGGGGCUCGGCGGCGCGGUGCUGUGGCUCGGCUGGUUCCUCAGCUGCCUGGCGCCCUUCCUUCUCAGCGCCGCGCUGCUCGUGCUGGUGCUCAAGCUCGGGGACAUCCUUCCCUAUAGCCACCCGGCCGUGGUCUUCCUGUUCUUGGCGGCUUUCGCCGUGGCCACCGUGGUUCAGAGCUUCCUCUGGAGCGCCUUCUUCUCCCGUGCCAGCCUGGCAGCCGCCUGCGCAGGCCUCGGCUACUUCGUGCUCUAUCUGCCCUACGUGCUCUGCGUGGCCUGGCGGGACCAGCUGCGUGCCGGGGCUCUCGUGGCUGCGAGCCUUCUGUCUCCCGUGGCGUUCGGGUUCGGCUGCGAGAGCCUGGCGCUGCUGGAAGAGCAGGGCGAAGGCGCCCAGUGGCACAACGUAGGCACCGGGCCUGCGGCCGAUGUCUUCAGCUUGGCCCAGGUCUCCGGCAUUCUGCUGCUUGAUGCUGUGCUCUAUGGCCUUGCCACUUGGUACCUGGAAGCGGUCUGCCCAGGCCAGUACGGGAUCCCCAAACCGUGGAAUUUUCCCUUUCGGAGAAGCUAUUGGUUUGGACCUCGUUCUCCCAAGGGUUCCUCCCCAGCUCCCACCCCGAAGGACCCACAGGUGCUGAUGGAAGAGGUACCACCUGGCCUGAUUCCAGGGGUCUCCAUACGGGGCCUGGAGAAGCGCUUUCCUGGCAACCGGCUACCAGCCCUGCGCGGGCUCAGCCUGGACUUCUACCAGGGCCAGAUCACCGCCUUGCUGGGCCACAACGGAGCUGGCAAGACGACGACGCUGUCCAUACUGAGUGGCCUCUUUCCGCCCACCCGGGGCUCCGCCUGCAUCCUGGGCCACGAUGUCCAGUCCAGCAUGGAAGCCAUCCGGCCCCACCUGGGCGUCUGCCCGCAAUACAACGUGCUGUUUGACAUGCUGACCGUGGACGAGCACAUCUGGUUCUACGGGCGGCUGAAGGGUCUGAGUGCAGCUGCUGGGCGCCCUGAGCAGGCCCGUCUGCUGCAGGAUGUGGGUCUUGUCCCCAAGCGGGCCACGCAGACACGCCACCUCUCUGGUGGGAUGAAGAGGAAGCUUUCAGUGGCCCUCGCCUUUGUGGGCGGCUCCCGGGUCGUCAUCCUAGAUGAGCCCACAGCUGGUGUGGACCCUGCUUCCCGUCGCAGCAUUUGGGAGCUGCUGCUCAAAUACCGGGAAGGUCGCACACUAAUCCUCUCCACCCACCACCUGGAUGAGGCAGAGCUGCUGGGAGACCGUGUGGCUGUGGUGGCAGGAGGCCGCUUGUGCUGCUGUGGUUCCCCACUCUUCCUGCGCCGUCACCUUGGCUCCGGCUACUACCUGACGCUGGCGAAGGUUCCCCCGUCCCUGGCUGCCAGCAGCAAGGGGAACCCUGGCUUGGAGGAUAGCGUGGAUGCCGGGCGGAAGAGGGAGCCAGGCGGCCAGGGCAGUGCAGCUGGUGCCCCUGGGCUACUGUCCCUCGUGCAGCGGCUGGUGCCCGGGGCGCGGCUGGUGGAGGAGCUGCCGCACAAGCUGGUGAUGGCGCUGCCCUACGGCGGUGCCGCGGACGGCAGCUUCGCCAGGCUUUUCUGCGAGCUGGACCAGCGGCUGGCGGAGCUGGGGCUGCUCAGCUGCGGGAUCUCUGACACCAGCCUCGAAGAGAUCUUCCUGAAGGUGGUGGAGGGCCGUGCUGUGGACGCGGACCUGGAGGACGCCGCCGCAGAUAGUGGCCACAAGCGGCACCCGGGCACAAGCAACGCUCGCCCAGAUGUGACCACACGGCUCAAGAUCCUGCCAGAGGAGCCCGUCCUGGAGAACGGGGAGCUUGCUCUGUCUGCCCCGGAAACACAGGCCUUGCGGGGCUCUGGGCCAGACACCGCGGGCCGGGUGCAGGGCUGGGCGCUGACCUGCCAGCAGCUCCGGGCCCUACUUCUCAAGCGCUUUCUGCUUGCCCGCCGCAGCCGCCGUGGCCUAUUUGCACAGAUCGUGCUGCCUGCCCUCUUCGUGGGCCUGGCGCUGGUGUUCAGUCUCAUCGUGCCUCCUUUCGGAUACUACCCGGCGCUGCAGCUCAGUCCCAGCAUGUACGGUGCCCAGGUGUCCUUCUUUAGUGAGGACGCCCCGGGGAACUCGGAGCGUGCCCGCCUGCUGGAGAUGCUGCUGGCGGAGGCGGGACUGGACGCCCACCUGCAGAACAGCUCCACCAGGACGCCUGAGUGCACACCGCCCGCCGUCUGCCAGUUUUGGGUGCCUGAGGUGCCCGCGGACGUCGCUGACGUCUUGGCCAGCGGCAACUGGACCCCGGAGUCUGCGUCCCCGGCCUGCCGGUGCAGCCAGCCUGGUGCCCGGCGCCUGCUGCCCGACUGCCCCCCCGCGGCUGGCGGCCCCCCUCCGGCCCAGGCGCUGGCCAGCUCCGGCGAAGUGGUGCAGAACCUGACGGGCCGCAACCUGUCUGACUUCCUGGUGAAGACCUACCCGCGCCUGGUCCAGCGGGGCCUGAAGACCAAGAAGUGGGUGAAUGAGGUCAGGUAUGGGGGCUUCUCCCUGGGGGGCCGAGAGCCAGGCCUGCCCUCAGGGCAGGAGGUGAGCCGCUUGGUGAACGAGCUGCAGGUGCUGCUGAGCCCCCCGCCCGGCGGGGCCCUCGACCGCAUCCUGAGGAACCUCACAGCAUGGGCUCACAGCCUAGACACGGAGGACAGCCUCAAGAUCUGGUUCAACAACAAGGGCUGGCACGCCAUGGUGGCCUUUGUCAACAGAGCCAACAAUGCCCUCCUCCGCGCCCGGCUGCCCCCGGGCCCUGCCCGCCGUGCCCACCGCAUCACCACGCUCAACCACCCCCUGAACCUCACCAAGGAGCAGCUGUCUGAGGCCGCACUGAUGGCCUCCUCGGUGGACGUGCUUGUCUCCAUCUGUGUGGUCUUUGCCAUGUCUUUCGUCCCAGCCAGCUUCACCCUUGUUCUCAUCGAGGAACGCGUCACCCGGGCCAAACACCUGCAGUUUAUGGGGGGCCUGCCACCCACUCUUUACUGGCUCGGCAACUUUCUCUGGGACAUGUGUAACUACUUGGUGUCAGCGUGCGUCGUGGUGCUCAUCUUUCUGGCCUUCCAGCAGAAGGCAUAUGUGGCCCCUGCCAACCUGCCUGCCCUCCUGCUGCUGCUACUGCUCUAUGGCUGGUCGAUCACGCCGCUCAUGUACCCAGCCUCCUUCUUCUUCUCCGUGCCCAGCACGGCCUACGUAGUGCUCACCUGCACCAACCUCUUUAUUGGCAUCAAUGGCAGCAUGGCCACCUUCGUGCUCGAGCUCUUCUCUGACCAGAAGCUGCAGGAAGUGAGCCGGAUCCUGAAACGGGUCUUCCUUAUCUUCCCCCACUUCUGCCUGGGCCGGGGGCUCAUCGACAUGGUGCGGAACCAGGCCAUGGCUGAUGCCUUUGAGCGCUUGGGAGAUGGGCAGUUCCAGUCACCCCUGUGCUGGGAAGUGGUUGGCAAGAACCUCUUGGCCAUGGUGGUACAGGGGCCGCUCUUCCUCCUCUUCACGCUCCUGCUGCAGCAUUGCCACCGCCUCCUGCCACAACCCCAGCUGAGGUCGCUGCGCCCCCUGGGGGAGGAGGAUGAGGACGUGGCCCGAGAGCGGGAACGGGUGGUCCAAGGGGCCACCCAGGGGGACGUGUUGGUGCUGAGAGACCUGACCAAGGUGUACCAUGGGCAGAGGACACCAGCUGUCGACCGCCUAUGCCUGGGGAUCCCCCCUGGUGAGUGUUUCGGGCUGCUGGGAAUGAACGGAGCAGGGAAAACGUCCACAUUUCGCAUGGUGACCGGGGACAUGCUGCCCAGCGGUGGUGAGGCCGUGCUGGCAGGCCACAGCGUGGCCCAGGACCCGACCGCUGCACACCGCCACAUGGGCUACUGCCCUCAGUCGGACGCUAUCUUCGAGCUGCUGACCGGCCGCGAGCACCUGGAGCUGUUCGCGCGCCUGCGUGGUGUUCCGGAGGCUCAGGUUGCCCAGACAGCGAGCUUGGGCCUGGCGCGCCUGGGGCUCCCGCAGUACGCGGACCGACCCGCGGGCACCUACAGCGGCGGCAACAAGAGGAAGCUGGCGACGGCGGUGGCGCUGGUGGGGGACCCGGCGGUGGUCUUUCUGGACGAGCCGACCACUGGCAUGGACCCCAGCUCCCGGCGCUUUCUCUGGGGGCGGGGACGCGCAACCCGUGGGGUCGGAAAGGGCCUGGUGUUGGAAUCGGGGCCCGAAGUGAGCGGUAGGGUGGCGUGGACGGGUGGUAGGGCACCGCGGGCCUUGAGCGUGUCCAGCAGACCCGGACCCGCCCAUCCCAGGUUUGGAGCCGGCCACACGCUGACCCUGCGGGUGCCCGCAGCGCGGUCCGAGUCGGCGCUGGCCUUCGUGGGGGCGGCGUUCCCGGGGGCCGAGCUGCGCGAGGCGCACGGCAGCCGCCUGCGCUUCCAGCUGCCGCCGGGAGGGCGCUGCGCCCUGUCCCGCGUCUUUGGAGAGCUGGCGGCGCGCGGGGCGGAGCACGGCGUGGAGGACUUCUCCGUGAGCCAAACCACGUUAGAGGAGGUAUUCUUGCACUUCUCCAAGGACCAGGGGAUGGAGGACGACGACGAGCAGGAGGCCGGAGUGGGGGCAGGCCCUGCGCCACGCCCACAGCACCCCAAACUCAUCACUGGGUUCCUGGAGGACCCCAGCACGGCCGAGACGGUCCUCUGAGCCUUCCUCAUCUGAGGGAUCGGUGGGAGAUGCCGGGAGGGCGGGGGCGCGGCUGGGACCCAGGCUCUCAGAGGAUCCAUUGCCCUGGAGGAAAUAAUAAAGAGAAUUCAUGGCAUGAAA